AUGGGUCGUGCUGGUCCAGGACUCUUUGACUCGGAUCAAUUCUGGGAUUAUUCGAGUGACUUGAAUACCUACCUUGGGUUUGACUUGCCUAAUGCUGGCGAUAUGACUAUGAAUGACGCCUUUGAAGAUGAUCCUGAUAUUCCGGCCGUUCUGAGCAUCGAGUGUACUGCCACAGCACUCAACGAUGGAAUAUUCACAAUACUGUUUGACAUACUAAAGACAAAGGAAGAUCCUUCUUAUCUCUGCCUACUUGUUAUCAACAGCACGAGAGUUGGAGCCAGAAUUACCAAGGGACAGCUCAACCACGUCAAGAAAGUCCAUACUAAUGCUGAAAUGUGGAAACUCCUCCCGGAGUGUCGGCUGCAGAUCAAAGUUGCAUGUGAGGAAUACAGAAGCGGCAAGCCAUAUACCUUUAAGGAAUUCGACUUCGAGGAACGACCCUGGGAGAACCCAGAUGAUCCAGCUUACGGCAAGCCUGACAACAAUGACAAGUGCGAGGAGAAAGAACUCGAGAUGGCAGAGGUGACCAAGAAGAGAAAUAAGAAAGACAUAGAUGAUGGCGUUGACGAUAAUGAUGCCGGUGCUGACGCCACUGACGAGAAGCUGAAAUUCAGGAAGAAGGAGGUUGAGGCCAAGGAGUUGUCAAAACAGCCAUAUUGA